GCUAUGUUAAUUAAUUAAUUUUAACUAUUUAUAUACAAAAUAACUUUAAAUUUUGAGCUUCUACAACACUGGACAUACGUCAAACUUUCGAACUCGAAUGCGGUGAUCGUUCUGCAAAGUCCAUUGCUGCACUGGAACUUAUCGAUAUCGAGACGUAUUGCUUCCCUGCUCAAAGAAACUUUACAAUUCUGCGCAAUUAAAAGGAAUUCGUUAUGUCCAGCAUCAUUUCAAACCACGGACAUAUAAUCGAUCGAAAAUGUUACUGCAGGAGUAAAACCGGAAACGACCUGCAACUGCUGAAUACGGAUAAUGUGACCAAUUACGGAUUAAUGACGACGGGCAAAUGCAAGGGAGAAGCCAAUCCACAAACUCUAAAGCUGAAAACCUUCAUCAAUCACGGUACUUUGGUGCUCCACAAGUGCCGCUGCAACUCUCCACUCCUCGAGAUCAUCGAUCUAGUCAACUACGGCAACGUGAUCAACUGCUUGAGUACCUGUAAGCUGACCAAAAAAAAUGAACUCAAGGUCAUUGAAGUUCCGGAUAAUACGACACACAUGGACUCCAAGGAAAUGAGUGUGCCUGUCCAGGAAUCACUGGAAACACCAUUGGACCUGAGUGCUUCAAAUGACUUAGUUUUAUGCGCUGAGGAAGCUACGAAAGAUUUGAAAUCACCGCAUGUUUUGCUAAAUGGGCAAAAUUUAGAUGCCCCAAAGGAACUUUCAGUUUCACCAAACAAAGCUCUAAAACGCGCUACGGAAUCCAUAGAAACCACCGGAAAUUCGCCAAAAAAGCUUUGUUUAAACACAGUGAAUGAGUCGAUCGACAAAUCCUCGCCACAGGAGAUGCGACCAUCCAAAGAAGAGUCCCUUCCAGUCCAGAAGCCACAUGUACUACAAAUGUGUCCCAGUUGCGUGAAAUCCUUUCAGGACUAUGUGAACGAUCCGAAGAACGCACCAAUGCUACCGAAAAUAACGAAGUACAAGUGCCCUCACUGCCUAAACACCAAGGCCAACCAGAUGGAGUACCGGGCUCACACGGCCAUCUGUCAGCAGGAGGCGAAGCCCUACAAGUGCCCGGGAUGCCCCUACAAAUCCACCAAAUCCUCAAGUGUUACUGGACACUCUGCCACUUGUUUCUUCCUGCAUGCCGUCAAAUACCACCAAUCGCUUUGCGCUACAUUAAACCAUUGCAGCAACUGAGAAACUCCAUUUCUCUUCUCAGUUUGAAAAUGAUGAUUACUUAUUUUAUACCAUUAGAAAUAUCAAUCUUCAAAUUA